AUGCCGGCGCUACUGGCUAUUCGUGACCAAUUUCAUGACGUGGACACGACCGAGGUUGACCAGUUAGCUAAGGAGUGUGAAGACUUACGGAGAGCGGUAGCGGAAAGUGAGCUGCGUGCUCCUCCACUGCGGAUAAGUUUCGAUGCGCUUGCUCGCAGCUUUGCACAACGUGGUCGGGAGCUUGACCAAUCGAAAACGGAGCGCGAUUAA